UUCUAUUUCUUAAACAUAAUUUAUGCCCAUUUUUGUAAUCAGAUUUAUUUGUAGUUUUGAUUAUGUAUGCAAAAUGUGUGCACAUUUCAUGGAUUUUAAUUUUAUUAUAUUUAUAGAGAACUGGCAGCAAUCUGAGACGAGUUUGGCGGGACUGAAAGUACAUAUUUGUCCCAUCUGCAAGUACUGUUCUCCAAACAACAGCAAUUUGAAGAGACACAUGCUUGUUCAUAGUAAGGAACGGCCACACAUCUGCAACAUUUGUGGAAAAGUAGAGCUCAUGCUAAAAGAAUUCCAUAAAGAUAUCAUGAAUUAUUGUUCAAUGUGCUAUUAUUCUACCCCUUAUAAAGGAAAUUUAGAGAAGCAUAUGCUAGUUCAUAGCAGGGAGCGACCUCAUUUUUGCUCCACUUGCAACAAAAGCUUCACACAAAAAGAACAUUUAAAGACUCAUUUGAUGAUUCAUACUGGAGAACGGCCUCACUGUUGUCAAUUUUGUGGGAAGAAAUUCAUUCAGAAAGUUGCAUUAAGGAAACACUAUUUAACUCAUAUGAAAUAA